AUAGAUAUAUAUUUAUAUAUUUCAGGUGAUAUAGUAUUUGAUGGCAGACAGGAUAUUAAGGAGAAAUAUUACUAUUCUAUGUAUGAUAUGACAGUGAGAGGAAGUUGUUCUUGUUACGGUCACGCCUCGAGGUGUAUCCCAGUUGAUGGUUACGCUAAUAACCCAAGUAUGGUAAAUGGUCAGUGUGAGUGUACCCACAACACGAAAGGUUUGAACUGUGAACAAUGUUUAGAUUUCUACAACGAUGCUCCUUGGAGACCUGCCAGAACAUCUGAACCUAAUGCAUGUAAAAGAUGUGAAUGUUAUAACCAUGCUACAUCAUGUCAUUUUGACGCCGGUGUAUGGGAGUUGACUGGUCGGGACAGCAAUGGUACAGAAUGGAGCGGUGGUGUUUGUGAUGACUGUCAGCAUAAUACUAUGGGACGUCAGUGCCAGGAAUGUCGCCCAUUUUUCUAUCAGGAUCCAAACAGAGACCCCAGAGAUCCUGAAAUAUGUCAAGCGUGUGACUGUGACCCGACUGGUUCCAUGUAUGAUGGUGAAUGUGAGAAUCGUAAUGAUGAAGAUCUUGGUUUGGAAGCUGGCAGGUGUAUAUGUAAAACAUACGUAGAUGGUCGUCGUUGUGAUCAGUGUAUGGAGGGAUAUUGGAACAUGCAGGAUGAUAACCCUGAUGGAUGUGAAGCAUGUACAUGUAACCCAAUGGGAACACUGGAGAACUUUGGCUGUGACCAGUACUCUGGAUACUGUACAUGUAAACGUUAUGUUACUGGCAAGAAUUGUGAUGAAUGUUAUCCAGGUUACUGGGGUAUGAGCAAUGAUUUGAAUGGUUGUAGACCAUGUGACUGUGAUGUGGGCGGAGCUAUGGGAGACAGCUGUAAUGUAACCAAUGGGCAAUGUUCAUGUAAACCAAACAUCCAGGGCCGUCAGUGUCACCAAGUACAACCAGGAUAUUACUUUACUAGAAUGGAUCUAUACACUUAUGAAGCUGAAUUUGCUAAAGGCUAUGGGAACACUAGAGUUUAUAUUCGUGAACCUGUACCUGAAUACACUAGUUGGACUGGACCUGGCUAUAUGAAGAUUAUGGAAGGUGAUGCCCUCGAGUUUUCUGGUAUUGUUGUUGAUUUCCCCAUGAACUACGAUAUUGUCAUCAGAUAUGAUCCAAGAAUGCCGGAAAGAUGGGAGGAUAUAAGGGUCACUGUUAUACGUGAUGGACCGACUGACCCCGAUGGCCCGUGUGCAAAUGCUAUACCUCAAGAUGAUAGUAAAGCCACCUCAUUACAGACUGGUGCAAGAUUUGUGACAGUAGAUCCAGCAGCAUGUCUAGAAAGUGGUGUAAACUACAGUAUACGUAUAGAGUUUAAAAGAUAUCAGAGUGAUCAAUUAACACCUGAAGCUACAACUCUCAUAGACUCUAUUAUUUUGGUUCCUAGCACUGACAGUAUUCCAAUCUUCCAAGGCCCGGGCCUUCCUGAGUAUAUGAAGAAUGAGUAUAUCCGAUACAGGUGCAGAGAGCUCCAACUACAUGUACAUAGACCAGAGCUUCCAGAACUCUGCAGAAAACACGUGUUUAGUAUUUCUGGCAUAAUUCACCAUAGAGCUUUAGACUGUGACUGUGAUUUGACUGGAUCAUUGAGUUUUGAGUGUGACCCAGUCGGAGGACAGUGUCAAUGUAAGCCACAUGUUGUAGGCAGGAGAUGUGAUCAGUGUGCACCUGGCACCUAUGGAUUUGGUCCUAACGGAUGCACUCCUUGCAACUGUCAUGCUAUCGGAGCUAGAGAUAAUUUCUGUGACAUUGAGACGGGACAGUGUCUAUGUGUAUCAAAUGUACAUCAGCGAAUCUGUGAUAUAUGUGAACCAGGAUUUUAUGGCUUCCCAUACUGUCGACCGUGCCAAUGUAAUGGUAAUGCAGAAAUCUGUGACAACCUGACUGGAGAAUGUGAAUGCUCAAAUUACACAAGUGGCCAUAACUGUGAAAGGUGUUGAUGGGGUUACUAUGGAAGAUUCGUAUUGGUUUAAACCGUAUUCCAUGUAAAACCUUGCAUGUGUCCAGGGGGACCAGACCAUCCUGCCCAACAUGCUGACACAUGUUAUCAUGACCCUAGACUGGAUUAUGUCGUCUGCAACUGUGAAUUGGGUUACAAAGGCCCAGACUGUGGAACAUGCGAUGAAAAUUACUUUGGCAACCCAGCAGAGAUCGGUGGUACAUGUGAAACAUGUGACUGUAACGGCAACAUUGACCCGGACGAUAUCGGCAACUGCGAUGCCGAGACUGGUGAAUGUCUCAAAUGUCUCUUCAACACAGAAGGUUUCAAUUGUGAGAAAUGUCAAUCUGGUUACUAUGGAAAUGCUCUUACACAGAACUGUAUUGAGUGCAUCUGUAACCCGAUUGGAACUGACCCUAAUGGCGGAGAAUGUGACCGUACCACUGGUCAGUGCCCCUGUCUUCCUAAUGUGAUAGGUCAGAAAUGUGACAUGUCCGCUCCCGGAUACUACAACAUGACAAUAAACAUAGGCAGUGUAUCGUGUAACUGUGAUCCUGAGGGUUCAUUUGGAAUUGAAUGUAAUGAGCUGACAGGACAGUGUGACUGUAAAGCAGAUAGAGGUGGGCGAACCUGUAGUGAAUGUAGAGAUCUAUUCUGGGGAGAUCCAUUAGAGGAAUGUUAUCCAUGUGAUUGUGAUGGUCAAGGAUCGUCCCAGCAGCAGUGUGACCGUCGUACUGGACAGUGUGUCUGUCUACUAGGUAUCAGUGGCUACAAAUGUGAUAGAUGUGACCGAGGCACUACAGGAGAACUGCCUAACUGUGUACCGUGUGGAGACUGCUUCGAUAACUGGGACAGAAUUAUCCGAGAUCUGAGGGGUCAGACAGAGGUGUUGAUUGAACAAGGCAGAAAUAUUCAGAUAGAGGGCGCUGCUGGGGCGUUUGAUAAAGAAUUCCGUGUAAUGGAGGAUAACCUAGCUGAGAUUAGGGAGAUUAUAGAGAAUGCUGGAGUGUCAUCAUAUGACGUUGAGGAGCUUGAAAAAAUGAUCAAAAAUAUUAGAGAGAAUAUAACAAAAAAUGUUGAGAAUUUGAACAACAUGGACGAGGAUUUACAGAACACGAUGGGACGUAUCCAGGGUGGUAACAAUCGUAUAGCAGCUCUUCAAAUUGGAGUUAAAGAUCUUAAUAUGAAAGCUCAACAACUGAGGAAAAAUGCCAGUGAUAUUCAGGCCCAGGAUGUUGAAGGUGCUUUCAACAUAACAAGAGAGGCCCAGCGUAGGUCACAAGAAGCUCAGAUGAUGGUAGAUGGAACCAACAGAUACAUUCAAGAAUCCCAGGACACACGAGAAAGAGUGGAAAGAAUGCUGGAAGACAAUAUGGAGGAUUUCAACAAAACUUUACAAAGCAAUCAAAAUGCCCUGAAAGACUUGGACAUGGAUGUAAUGGAACUGAGUGGUAAAGUCACAGAGAUCAAUACCAUGGUAUGUGAUGGUACAGGUGAUCCAUGUGAUGAUGUAUGUGGUGGUGGUGGCUGUGGUGUAUGUGGUGGACCAAGCUGUGAGAAGGGAGCAGUCACCAAGGCUGAUAAUGCCCUUGACCUUGCUAUGAAAGCUGAAGCCUUGCUCAAGGUCAAGGAAGAUAAAUCUAGAGGAUUACAUACCAAUGUGACAGCUGCUCAUGACUUGUCUCAGAUGGCUAAAGCUGAAGCUCAGAUGGCAUUUGAUGAGGCAGCUAAAGCUCGCCUUGUGUCCGAGAAUACAAGAUCUAAUCUUGAACAACUUCUGGACGAAAUUAGAAAUUUCCUGAUUACUGAUGGAGCUACACCAGCUGAUAUUGAACUGAUGGCACAGGAAGUUCUAGCUAUGAGUAUUUCACUGAAACCAGAUCAGAUUACUGAAUUAGCUAAUGAGAUUAACAGUACAAUACAGGGAUUACAAAACAUUGAUGGCAUUAUCAGGGAUACACAAGAUAAUCUCACACUCGCUGAAAAACUGAAGGAAAGGGCAGACAACGCAUCGAAAGCUGCUGCUGCUAUAUUGGACACAGCUCAGGGUGUGUUGAGAGCUUUGAAUGGAUCAAGGGAGGCACAGAACAAAGCUAGACUAGCUAUAGAUACAGCAGAUAGUGAUAUCAAAAAUGCUCAGACUGAUCUUACUCAGAUUGAGUCGGAGACUGCUGCUGCUGAAGACAAAUCACAAGAGACGAUGGAAAAGGUUGAUAAACUGAAGACAAACCUAGAAGAUCUACAGAGUAAAAUUAAUGAAAAUGAGUUCAGAGUCCAGAAUGCAGAACAAGUUGCUAAUGAUGCUGAAGACUUGGCUAAGAAAGCUAAAAAGGAUGCUAAUGAUCUAGAAGACAGAUAUCCAGAUGUUCUCAGCAGAUUAAAUGAUAAAUAUAACAGUACAGCUGAUGCUAAGGGUAGAGUAGAGAAACUACGAGAUAGGGCAAAUAAACUGGCAACUGAUACCACAGCUAAACUACAAAAAUUACAAAAUAUGAAUGCAGAAUUUGAAGGGUAUGAGAAGCAACUGACCAGUUUAUCUGAUCAGAUAGAUAAACUUAACGAAGAUAUGACGGGAUAUUUAGCUGUUAUACAACAGAAAGCCAAUGAUUAUAGAACAUGUACUACUUAGUUCAUUCAUUAUUCUAGUAGACUGGUUUACACAUAGGAUGAUAUAUGAUGCAAUACAUGAAUCUGGGUCUUAGGUUAUAAAAUUAUUAAUUUGAAAACCAGUCUUUUCGUUUUCUGUCUUGUCAUUGGUCAGCUAAAAAAAAUUGAAAACUGUAUCAACCAAUGAUUUAAGAUACGAUUUUAGACUGGUUUUUAAUUCAUUUUUUUAACCUUUGACCUAUAAAUGAGGAGUACAUGUAUAUUUGGAAGAAACUUUUAUUCUUUGAGACAGAAGAAGGCAGCAGUACUGUUCAAGAUAAAGAGAGAAACAAAUACCAGUUAGAAUUUUUUUUUUCAAUACCAGAAUAGAACUUUACAUUUUAUUGUUUUAUUAAAUAAAAUUGAAUGAUAACUCAUUUUAUGGUAGCUUUUAUAUAUAUAUACUUUAGAGUGUUAGAGAGGGAUUAAUUAGCAUUGCAUGAACAAAGAGAAAUAUAGUUCUUUUAAUGCAUUUUAUAUGAGAUGAUUUUGAUCAUGUCUUCCAUGAAAUAUUGUUUGUUUGUUAAUCAUGUACAUUUUCUACAUACAUAAUGUCAGUUUACUAUAUAGUCAAUACUACAAUUUUACAUAGUGAAUUGUACUUUUAUUACUGACUUUUACUAAAUUUAAAAAAAAAAAUAUUUUUAGUUUUCAAGCUUAGAAACUUACAUUUUAUGCAUAGAUGCAUUUGUUUAAUGAAUGCAUUUCAGGACAGAAAUUUCCUCUAUAUUUACUCCAUGGAUCUAUUAAUUAAGGUCUAAAUGAGUGAUACUAGUUGUAACAGCUGUUAUCUUUAUAUCUCUUCUAUAAUUAAGUGAUAAUCAUUUCUAUGGUGCUGUAUUUUGUGUGUACCUGUAUAUAUUCACCUUUGACCUGCUGAACUCGUGAAAUAAUUGAUUUGCCCAGCUUUGAAUUUGGAACAGUCCAUUCAAAGAGUUAAGGGAUUUCAAUAUUAAAAUAGAAAAACUGAGCUACCUACAGUAUAGAGCCUGGACAGAAUGUACAUAGUAUAUAGAUAUACAAGCUGUCCUGGCUUUUCUGAUGGUAAAGUUUUAUCAUGUUGCUUCCAGCAGGUUAAGGGUAAAAUUGUUCAUAAUUUCUUGAAAAUUGGAGAGUCCUACACUUUGUAACCAGAUAUAAGACUCUGAUUUGGAGUUUACCAGGGUGUUGUAAAUUUUCAUUCAAAGAAAGACAUAUGAAAUUAGAGUUUUGUAUAAUGUAAACAUGAAUUUAGCAAACAUUUUCAGCUGUGUUCAGUGUGAGUGGUAUAAAUUCCAUGUAAAUGAAGCGAAAACGAUUGCAUGUAUUUUAAUAGGAUUGUAAUUUUAUGAGAAAUAGUGAAUGUUAUUUUAUGGAAAAAGUGGGCAUUGUCAAUUAGAGUUAUAGGUAAAUUUCCAUUAUUACUUUGAUUAGCAUAGUAGAAGAAAGUAUAAGGCUCAGUUUUCAAGAAAUAUUAAACAAUUUAAUAAAAGGCCAGUAAGUUAUUGCAUCUGGGAUGCACGUUGUACAAUACUGUAACAUGUUUUGUCAUAGACUGUGUAUUCUACUGUGUAAUGUGAAGAUUUUGUAUUCUGUCGUGUAAUGAGAUGUGUUUGUAGCAUAUUUUUACUGUCUAUCCUUUUGUUGUAUAAAGUUUUGUCUUGUUUCAGUUACAGAUAUUUGUAUAGUUGAUAUUCGUUUAGAAAUCUCACUGUGUAGGUUAAUUUUUGUACAUAAUUCAGGACUUACAUAUUAAAUUGGAAAAAAAGAAAAUAUCUGAAUCAUCAGUAUUCCUUUCCCUCAGAAAUAUACACUUGCAAUGUUAACGAAAUUUGUUCUAUAUUUUCUAGCUUAAAUAUGCCUGAAUAAUAUAUAAAUAUGUUUAAAGCUUUUUUGAAUGCUUUGUCUGAAAUAAAAAAAAAUUGACUCAGAUUAAUUUAUCAAAAUAUAUAGUAAGUAAUUGUAAGUAAAAACAUUAUUUCUUAAAUUGUACAUGAUUUUUUGGCUCAAAAAUUUUUGUUGUAAGUAUAUGCAUAAUGUUUUUUAUGACAUAAAACUUUUUGUGUUUUGCAUAUUAAAUUUAGCUAUGAAGUAUGUGUCAAAAUCCAAACGUGGUCAACAUUAAGAGUUUUUUUUAAAUCCGUUUCUUUAUUGUUGUGAUACUGAACUUUAAUCAUUUGUGCCAUAUCGUACCAUACAUGUAUACAUACAUAUAUAUGUGUAGAUUUAGGAUGUCAGCUUGAUAUUUAACAAUGUACUUGUUAUAACUACAGGGACAGCUGUGUAGUUUUAUAUAAUAUGAAUAUAUUUUCUUGUAUACAUGUAGAAAUAAAUAUGUUUACAGAAAUAGAAAGUGUACAAUAAUAAGAUACAAAAUUUAAAUCACCAGGCAUAAAUAUAUACAUUGUACAUUUAUCAUAUGUACACUAGACCUUUCUGUUAGAUCUUAAAUUAACGUUCAUUAAUAUGUAAAUAUGUUACUAGUAAAGAAUUACAUAUAUGAAAUCCAAGACUGGCAUUCUUCAUUUAGGUGUGAAAAAAAUAAUAGAAAAUUGAUCCAAACAAACUCUACACAACACCACAAUGCCUGGCUUUACCUUCUUGUGUAGGUUUUGUAACUUUAUCUUUCUUUUGGGGUGUGUGGGGUAUAAACAUAAAAUUGUAUGGAAUAUGUAUAGAAGUGUUACAGUUGUUGUCCGACUGAACGGAAAGAUUGUGUCUUCAUUUAGUUUCUAGUAAAUAAUCUGUGUGUGUACUCAUAUGUCAUUGUAUUAAGCCAUUUAUAUACAUAACUGUAAAUUCAUAAUGUUUUUAUAUCAUUUUACUGCAUUUUAUUUCUUUAUAGGCAAUCUAAUAUACAUUGUACAUGUUUGUUUUUUUCAUUACCUAGUGCCAAGUUUAGAAGUUGUGAACAAAGUCUUUUAUGUGAUUAAAAUAGCUUUUUUUGUAAUGUUUUUCUUUUCCUUGUGUUGUGUACUUCAACAGUGACAUAGUUUACCACACUUAAUACAGUAGGUUGUGUGUGUUAACACAGUGUCAGUAAAGCCAACAAAGUGAGGUGUUUACAAAGGUGGCCUGUUUAAACAAACCAUUGGUCACACAACUGAUUUUGUAAGUAUAUACAAAUAGAUUCAGAAGAUGUUUUUCUGUCUGUUAUAUACAUUAUUAGUAUCUGUUUGAAUUAUUUUUGGGGUGUAUGUUCUAGUAAUGUGAGAAAAUUUGGGUUAGACUUCUAGGACAUGCCUUCCAGAUUCUUAGUAGAAGGCAAUAAUGGUUUUACUUCAAGAGAGGUACAAAAAAUUGGUAUAUAAAACUUGGGAUGGGCUUAAUCUGAAUAAUUUGUUAUCAUCAAAAUGUCAGUUUUCUGGGGUUUGCAACCUUACUGUACAAGUGGUGGUAAAUUAUUUAUCUUAACAUCAGUAGAUUGAUUUACAUAAAUUUGAUUUGUCAAGUAGCAAGGGGAUCAAUUAUUGUAUGUAAUGUAUGUAUAGCUGUUAUGUCACUGUUGGGAUAAUCUUAGACAUUUACCUCAACAUAAUCUACAUUUACCUAUAUAAACUACAUAAUGCUUCUACUUACUAAUCUAACAUAUUUAUUUGCUGGUUUUGCUCAGUGCAUACAUUUCUCAAUAUAACAUGCAUAAUGGAACUGUAUAUUGAAAUUUAUUUCGGAAUUUAAAGUUUUAAAUAUUUCCUCUCCAAGACUUAACCAUUUGUUUGUGUUAAAUUACAAGAUCUGUGAUUGUAUAGGUUAUCUAAAGUAAAAUGACUUCAAUAUAAAUCUCAUAAAUUGCAUAAUAAUAAAAUGAUAAUAACUUACUUGGAUCAAUGUUAGUAUAAAACAUGUUAAGUAUGAUCUUUUUCUGUUCAACUUGUAGAAAUUUUAUGUUUGUAUUUUUUUUCAGCUUAUUUUAUUUUCUCAUAUUCAUGCAUAACAUGGUAUUUGUUUACUUUUUGGUAUUAUCUUUGUGUAUACAAAGUAACAAGAUGAAUAAAUUGGCAGUCCCUCCAAA